GUUUAUGUUACUUAUAUAAAUUAUUUUACCACCUUUUCUUUAUUUUAUAUUCUCAGAUUACCUUGUUUUAUUUUUGUUUUCAAAAAAGAAUGUAUAUAUAAAAAAUGUGUAUAUUUUAACAAGUUUGUAUGAUAUUUUGAGCAACUGAUGGUGUCUUCUUAUUGUUUAAUUAGCUAAGGAAAAGAAAAAAGAGAUGGCAACUGCAAUGGAUAUUGUACCUUCACCUGCAACCCUUUACGUAAAAAAUACUGAAAGUAAAGGCAAAGGAUUGUUUUCAUCAGCAGCUAUUAAGGAAGGUGCAACUAUAUUUGAGGAGAAACCAGAGAUUGCAUGUCAAUUUUCAUGGAACAGACAAUACAAUUACACAGCAUGCGACAACUGCAUGAAAUCUUUGGAAACGGCUCAAAAUAUGGCACGUAGAUUAACAGCAGACUAUGACAGAGAGCUACCGUACAGUGAUUUAUGUUGUGAUGCUACAAAAUCACGAAAAAACAUAGUCAAAUGUCCAAGGUGCAUGCUUUCUUUUUGCUCCUCAGCGUGUUUUCUGGAAGCAGAAGAAAAAUAUCAUAAAUUUUUAUGUCUGGGUCAUGAUAAAAAUAACAACGAGCAUCCUUUGAAUAAACUGGAAGAGGAGUGGAGAAAAAUUCACUACCCACCAGAAACUGCUAGCAUUAUGUUAAUUUCACGAAUGGUUUCUAUGAUUGCACAGUCUCCAGAUCCGGAAAAGCAACUUGAAAAAUUCAACCAAUUUGUCAGUAAUGUUAGAGAUAUUGACACCAAAAUGACACAUAAGCUACUCGGUGAAAAAUUUCAGGGCGAGCUUUCAAGGAUGUACAGACUUUUAAAGGAUGCUGUACCUAUUGAGUAUUAUCCAAAACUCUUAACAAUGGAUGGUUUGAAAUCUUUAUUUGCUCUGAUAGGAAUGAAUGGUCAAGGAAUUGGUACCAGUUCUCUUAGCCAGUAUGUUCAUAACGUAGAUGCGCUCCAGUUAGAAGAAAGUGAAAGAGAAAAAGUUGACAACAUUAUUGACAAUUUGUAUGAUGACAUUGAGAAAGAAUCUGGACAAUUCUUGAAUUGCGAAGGGUCUGGUUUAUUUGAGUUACAAAGUAAAUGCAAUCACAGCUGCUCACCAAACGCAGAAGUUACUUUUCCAUACAACAAUUCUACUCUAGUGCUUGUCGCGCUGUCAGAUAUCGAGCCAAAUGAGGAAAUAUGUAUCUGUUAUUUGGACGAGUGUCAAAGAGAUAGGAGUCGUCAUUCAAGACAGAAAAUCUUAAGAGAAAAUUAUUUAUUCGAGUGUUCGUGUUUAAGAUGUGAAAUUGAAAGCGAUCAACAAUCUGUAACUUCAAGUGAUGAAUCAGACAUCCAAGAAACGGGCGACUACUGCGACGAUUAAUAGUUAAAAAUGAAUUUGUACUGAUUAAAUUCUUACUUUCGUCGAAACGAUUAUCCUGUUUAAUCGUUAGGUGUUUUAGAAAUCAAUCCAAGUAACAACGAAGAUGGGAAAAGUAGUGUGAUUAUUACGAAGAAACAAUGUUAUUUUUAUGUAAACUGAAUACAUUUAUGGAAAUAAUACAACACUCUUUAAAAAAUAA